AUGAGUACAGCCAAGCCCUUUCCGACAUCACAUGAAGACCUCAUAUUGGACGUCGCCUACGAUUUCUACGGCCGCCAGCUUGCGACAUGCAGUGCCGACCAGCACGUCAAGAUCUUUGACUUGGACGUGGCGACGUCGUUUUGGGACCUGAAUGACUCGUGGCGUGCCCACGACAGCGCCAUUGUGCGAGUGGAGUUUGCUCAUCCCGAGUUUGGCCACUUGCUUUUGUCUGCGUCGUAUGAUCGGACCGUUAAGGUAUGGGAAGAACAGUUCGAAGAGCCUAUCAAUUCGGGCAGACGAUGGGCCAAGGUGGCGACGUUAUCGGACUCGCACGGGCCUCUUUAUGACGCAAGCUUCUUACCGUCACACUUGGGCUUGAAGAUCGCCACCAUUGGGAGUGACGGGAGGCUGAGAAUCUACGAGUCGACAGAUCCAAGCGACUUGUCGCAGUGGACCAUAGUGGAGGAGUUCUGCGUUUUGAAGAAUCCAGUAGCAAACCACCUCCAGAGUGACUUCAGCAUAUCUUGGUGCCCUUCCAAGUUCAGUGCAGAAAAGUGUAUCAUAAGUGCAUUGGAUCAGGCCUAUAUUUACUACAGAAACGAAACGAGCAACAAGUUUGUGCAAGGGCUUGUGCUGCCCGAACACAAAGGGUUGAUCAGAAGCGUCUCAUGGGCUCCGACGAUGGGCAGGAGCUACCACUUGAUAGCCACUGCGUGCAAGGAUGGGUACGUGAGGAUAUUCAAGCUCGACGAACACAAGGACGCGGACAACCCGGAUGGCCUGAAACUAGACAUUUCAUUGUUGAGCGCUUUCAAUGAUCACAUAGGGGAGGUGUGGAAGGUCAGCUGGAACCUAACAGGCACAAUUUUGAGCAGUUGCGGUGACGAUGGUUUGAUAAGGUUGUACAAGGCGAACUACGCCAACAAGUUCCAGUGCAUGAGUGUCAUCAGCGCAGAGGGCAGCAAAUGA